UCCGGAUUUGACAAACGUAAACUGUCAAAAUAGAUUCUACCUAUAAGUUUUAGUAAAAUGGGUGAAAUAAUAACGGAAUGGAUCGCAAAACGAACUGGAAUAAUUUUAGAUUUAAAAGAGAAAAAUCUUGUUGAAUACAUAAAAGACGGAAAACUUUUGGCGCAAUUAAUUUAUAGCUAUGGCAUUAUCGAUAAAGAAACGUAUGAUUCCAUUGAAUCAUCAGAACAACCUAACAAGGCAGCAGAGAACUUUUCAAGAAUUAAAAUAUGGUUAAAAUCGGUUAAUAUAGACUUCGAAGACCGUUUAAUCAAUAAAUUAGUCUAUGAGUCAAAUAACAGUAGCGCAGUGAAGUUAUUUUAUCAGUUAUAUCUAGCCCUGAAUGAUAAAGAUAGAUUACAUUUUAUUGUGCAGAAAUUUUCAAAUAAGGUAACUCCUCCUCAGAGUAGAUUCACAGUUGAAAAGGUAGAAGAAUAUCCUGACGUUGAAGUGAAAGAGGAAGUUUGUGAAGAAUUUUUGAAGCAACAGGAUGUUAUAGAAUGGCAAAGGUUCAAAUAUAAAAACAUGCUUGAAAAAUUCAAGGAAGCACGCGAAAAAUACCUACUCCAUCUGAAAAAUUUAGCAGAUGCAGAACAUUUAGCAACAGUCCCUAUGACAGUAACAUUAACCCAGAAAAAGGACGAAUUAACAGAAAUAAAAAAACUCCCCAUUGAACCGCCUAAAAAUAAAACGUACGAAGAAUUGAUGGAAGAACAAGUGCAUUUUCAAGAAACGCCUCCCCCUUUAAUCGACUGCAGAAAAUCGAAUGUUUUCAUCAACAAAAUUCGACAAAAACGGAGACACAGAGAACGCCAAAAGACCUUACAGGUCCAAAUGCAAAAACUCUUGCUACAAGAACUAUGGGAAAAAAUUAUAUCUGAGCAAGAAAAAGAAAUUAACGAAUCCUUAAGAACGGUGCUUACGCAACAAGCCAAGUACGAAAGGCAAAUGGCGAUGAAGAUGAUGGACGUUCGAGAAGAAAAAACACAAAUCGUAGAGAACAAAAAGAAGGCUGUACGCAAGGCACAGGAAAAAAUAGAAAGCGAAAUAACAUACAGCGGUUUCCUAGAAGAAAAACAAUCAGACGAUUUAAUUCGCAGUUACUACGAAGAAAAGGCGAGAAUGCUGGAACUACAUCGACGAUUAUACGCCAUCAGGCAGUGCCUAAAGAAACAGAGAAACUGGGAAUUUUGCAGAGAAAUCGUCAGAGAUCUAACGGACAUUGCCAUACGAUGCGGCGAGUACAAAGAACAGCACGAAACUGACGUUCCCAAAGAACUAAAAGACGACAUGGUCCGUUUGUUUGUCAAAGAGCAACCAAUAUUUGAUCUCCUCGAACAAGUGGACGAUGUCCUUCAAGAUUAUUUCACAGAGGAACCGUCAGAAAUAAUAAACACUUACGAAACCAUUCGAAUGGGCUACUUGGACGAAAAAGAUUUUGAAAACUAUAACGUUCAAAAGUGGCCGUGGGAAUUAAGCUUUUUAUACGACGAUUACGAUGAUUAUGCUGAAAUAUUUCAGGAGAAGCUCGACAAAAUUGAAUUGGGAAUGAACGUUUUGGGCCAUAUUGUCCACUGGCUUUCCAUGUCGUUUACGUCUCCACCGAUAAAUAAAAAACCACCGGACAUUAUCAAAGCAAGACCUGCAGCAUGUGUCGUCGACAUCCCGAAGCCCGACACGGUUUUACCAACUCUUAAGCGUCUCCUACAGCAAAAUAACAUCAGAGUGAUCGAAAUUCAGGAAGUGAUCGACUUUUGUUUGCAAGCGUACAAGGAAGAAGCUACGGACAACGUUGCAACCGAUACGCUAACCGACGAAACAGAACGUGGUUUGCAGCAAAAAGCGGGCACCUUAAUCGAUGCAAAGAAAAAAGGAGAAAAAUCGAAAGCCUCUAAUGCUAAAAAGGACAAGAAAAAGGGAAAUGCUGCUGCUCAACAACCUGUCCCACAAACGAGCAACGAACCAGCUGUUGUUACAAAGGCGCUACAAACCCCAAAAAUAUAUCCAUGUGAGCAAUUUCAGUUUAGCAGAAAAGCGGAACUGGGUCUCAUGGCUCACGAGAUUCUCAGUUUAGGAGAUCCGAUACCAGAUCGCAUUAUUGCAGACAUGAUUACCGAAUACCUUCUGACACUUAAAAAUAUAAAAGGUUGGGUUAUAGUAAAUUAUCCGAUUGACUUUAACGAAGCCACCUGUUUGGAGGAAGCCCUAACAGCGACGCCAGUACCUGUGAAAAAUAUGCAAAAUCCUGACGAACAAUCCGAAGAACUGUCCGAUUUUGCGAAUAUAGAAAACAGGAUACCUGGUUGUGCUACCAUUCAAAAGGAAUGGAAAUCUCGGAUUGUACCGAAACCCGAUCGUCCCAUCGAAGAAAUAUUUUACGAAACAUUCCUAACUGCAUUCAUCAAGAUGAUCCCGUUCAAGCAGGAGGAAGAGAACAAAGAGGAUGAAUUCGAUCCCGACGAUCCAUUUGAAGAGAAAAAAAUGUCUAACAUAGAAGCAUUCUAUGCCAAACAAGGAUGCUAUUAUACCAUGACAUUUAAAAACCUAGACUUCACUACCAUCAAACACUUGGGCCGUUUGAUUGUCGGUGAUUUCACGAUUCCGCCAAAAGCGUCCGUCGAAAUAUUCGGAGACACGGUUUUAUACAUUGAAGACGAAUUAAAACAGGCCGCGAAGCCUGGCAAGGGCGCUAAAUCUCAAAAGAAGGGCAAAAAAGAGGAAAAACCUAAAAAGGUCGAAAAGAAACCACCACCGAAAGAAGACAAAAAAGAUAAGAAAAAAGGCGCAGGCGAUAAGAAAGCCAAGGGUGGCAAAAAAGGCCCAGACGCAGUCAUAAAAGCUGUAGCAAUGGAAGAUAAAGAAAUACAAGUUCCAGAAAUAGAACCUGAUGUCAUAGUAAUUUAUGAGGAACCACCGCCUCCUCCAAAACCUGGCGAGUUCGAAUGGAACUACGUCACAAUAGAAUUCCCUCAUAAACUGAAAGUAGCUUUGGCUACUUUAUGGAUGACCGCUGAAGAAAUCUACGUAGACGACUUUCAGCAAUUGUUCUUUUUCCAAAGGAUGAUACUGAACGCCGUCUGGCCAUAUUUCACAUUUUUGCGGCAAAAUCUCCGUACCUUUCUUACCAGACCUGACAUGAGACCAAUCUAUUUGUAUAAAUUUCAACAAAUGUUCAACGAGUUUGAGCAGGAUAUGAGAGAGGACGACGAAGUGAAGGCGGAACUGCAUUGCAGAAUAGCCGAAUUUCGCGAGAAACUACUGGAAAUAUCCGACAGGCGAAUGAUCGAAGCGGAAGAAGAAAGACGAAAAAUGAUGACCAAUUAUUGGGAGGGAAUGGAGGCUUGCGAACUCGGUAACGUUUACGUCAAUUUCAUGCAAUUGGAAAUGGAUAGGUGCGCAGACACUUUGUUUCUUAUAACUGAUUAUUAUACGGGAGUGAUUACUAAGAUGCCCUACGAAGAACCGUUUCCGACUAAAGAGAUCUUAGAAAAAAUUGAGACUGGAGAUAUCGAAAUGCCCAGCGAAACGGUUUGCGCAUUGUACGACUUCAUUUUGAAGGAUUUCAACGUCGAUUCGCAGACAGCGCAACUCACAAAUCCCAUACUUGAUUUCUUGGAGGGGUCCGUAACUUCCGCCUUAGGACAUGUGAACAAAUAUGCGGCAUACGCCGCAUCGGCCUUUUCGAAACUCUCCGGCUGUCUGAAAAAGGGUAAAGGAUCACAAAAAUCUAAAGGUAAAGGAUCGGACAAACCUAAAGGUGGGAAGGGAGGUGCUGGAGGGGGUGGAAAAUUGCCAAAAUUCACGGAACCAGACGAAGAAGUUAAAAAUGCCGGCGAACGAAUUUUGGAAGAAUGGCCUGCCGUUAUUGAUGCUGAAAUGGCCAGAGUCAAUUUCCGUCUGGAAUUAAUUUUCAUGGCGGCCAAAAGGAAAAUCGGAGCCUACCUCGGUAAUUCUACUGAUUUCUUCGACGGACUUUACGACGAAAUAGUGCAAAAGUACAACAACGAAGUGGAAAGUAUCAACAAGGCUUGCGAAUUCUUUGCGAGAGCUGUAGAAGCCGAAAUACGAAUUCAACCCCUGUUGCAGUUUCGAGGGGAUACUUUUUACAUAGACCCCUACUCUUUACUUUUCCCUGAUCCCCUGCCCGAACCUGAACCACCGCUAACUGAAAAAAACUACGCAGCUAUUUUCAAAAUUACAGAACUAAACGUACUGGUCGAUAUCUUUUUCGAUGUAGCGCCAGACGGAACGAUGCCAGAAAGGACUUUCCUUUACAUCAUACAAGACGCGAUCUGUCUAAACGCUGAAGACGGAAGAAAGCCCAUGGUACCGCCUUUGUGGAAGAAGCUCACAUCCAAACAGGUUGAACAAAUGAUGCAAGAGAUUUUCGGAAAUGUCGAGUUCGUCAACUGGAAAGACUUUGUUGUGCUGAGCAUGGAUGUUCCAUUCCCUACCGAAACGGAGUUGAUGGACGUGCGAAGCGAAUUUAGAUCUCACGAUCCUGACGACAUAGAAACAGUGAAAGACUAUCAAUUCAACGGCAUCACCUUCUGGUUCGAAAAGGAUACCGAUCCCGACGACAACGAGGAACAACUACGUCUCGCUUUGAUCAAAGAUCUCCUCUUUCGGCUGUACAAAAUAAACGACGACACGCUCAAUUACACUGCGAUGCUCCUGGCGUUUUGCAAAGAUCUGAAUCCCGUCGUCGGAAUGGCGAAAGCGUUGGCACUGAGCUUGGGGAAACUGGUGUGUUGGGACAUGGAAACGGGUAACAAUUUUAUUACAGACUGGGAACGGAAAAGGCAAGAAGCAGAGGAAAUGUGUAUGAAUCGACAAAUUGAACGUGAUAUAGCCACGAGGGCUGCCGAAAGUGUUUUGGAUCAGAUGAUUGACGAAACCGUGCACGUGUGCGACAGCGUGGUCAUCGAAGAGAUCGUCAGUGGGGAACAGGAUGUUUCAGAAUAUGACCAAGAACCUGAUAUAACUGGAAAACAGGAAGAAGACGAGGAGGAAGAGUGCAGUCUGCCCCCGUGUGGAUCCAUUUUUUCCAGGGAAUUCUCUAACAUUGAAAUCGGAUACGAAUCGUUUGACUUACCACCCUUGGCUUACUUGCUGCCCUUCGAACUCAUUAUAACCGUUCUAACCGCCGCUUUGCCCUGGUACGCGAAAGUACAAAACAUGGGACACGAAAGUUUACGACAAAAAAUUGAAAUUAUCUACGAAUCCCUUAGGCGCGAGGAGUUUAAUUACUCAGUUUUGACGCAUGAAUUUUUGAACUGCGAUGAUUUUUUCAAAAUGUUACCCUACAUUGCCAAACAGUUUACCGCACUUCGGACAGAAUACAUCGUUGAAACAUUAUUAAGUGAACCAAUCGCACGNACAAAUCCCAUACUUGAUUUCUUGGAGGGGUCCGUAACUUCCGCCUUAGGACAUGUGAACAAAUAUGCGGCAUACGCCGCAUCGGCCUUUUCGAAACUCUCCGGCUGUCUGAAAAAGGGUAAAGGAUCACAAAAAUCUAAAGGUAAAGGAUCGGACAAACCUAAAGGUGGGAAGGGAGGUGCUGGAGGGGGUGGAAAAUUGCCAAAAUUCACGGAACCAGACGAAGAAGUUAAAAAUGCCGGCGAACGAAUUUUGGAAGAAUGGCCUGCCGUUAUUGAUGCUGAAAUGGCCAGAGUCAAUUUCCGUCUGGAAUUAAUUUUCAUGGCGGCCAAAAGGAAAAUCGGAGCCUACCUCGGUAAUUCUACUGAUUUCUUCGACGGACUUUACGACGAAAUAGUGCAAAAGUACAACAACGAAGUGGAAAGUAUCAACAAGGCUUGCGAAUUCUUUGCGAGAGCUGUAGAAGCCGAAAUACGAAUUCAACCCCUGUUGCAGUUUCGAGGGGAUACUUUUUACAUAGACCCCUACUCUUUACUUUUCCCUGAUCCCCUGCCCGAACCUGAACCACCGCUAACUGAAAAAAACUACGCAGCUAUUUUCAAAAUUACGGAACUAAACGUACUGGUCGAUAUCUUUUUCGAUGUAGCGCCAGACGGAACGAUGCCAGAAAGGACUUUCCUUUACAUCAUACAAGACGCGAUCUGUCUAAACGCUGAAGACGGAAGAAAGCCCAUGGUACCGCCUUUGUGGAAGAAGCUCACAUCCAAACAGGUUGAACAAAUGAUGCAAGAGAUUUUCGGAAAUGUCGAGUUCGUCAACUGGAAAGACUUUGUUGUGCUGAGCAUGGAUGUUCCAUUCCCUACCGAAACGGAGUUGAUGGACGUGCGAAGCGAAUUUAGAUCUCACGAUCCUGACGACAUAGAAACAGUGAAAGACUAUCAAUUCAACGGCAUCACCUUCUGGUUCGAAAAGGAUACCGAUCCCGACGACAACGAGGAACAGCUACGUCUCGCUUUGAUCAAAGAUCUCCUCUUUCGGCUGUACAAAAUAAACGACGACACGCUCAAUUACACUGCGAUGCUCCUGGCGUUUUGCAAAGAUCUGAAUCCCGUCGUCGGAAUGGCGAAAGCGUUGGCACUGAGCUUGGGGAAACUGGUGUGUUGGGACAUGGAAACGGGUAACAAUUUUAUUACAGACUGGGAACGGAAAAGGCAAGAAGCAGAGGAAAUGUGUAUGAAUCGACAAAUUGAACGUGAUAUAGCCACGAGGGCUGCCGAAAGUGUUUUGGAUCAGAUGAUUGACGAAACCGUGCACGUGUGCGACAGCGUGGUCAUCGAAGAGAUCGUCAGUGGGGAACAGGAUGUUUCAGAAUAUGACCAAGAACCUGAUAUAACUGGAAAACAGGAAGAAGACGAGGAGGAAGAGUGCAGUCUGCCCCCGUGUGGUUCCAUUUUUUCCAGGGAAUUCUCUAACAUUGAAAUCGGCUACGAAUCGUUUGACUUACCACCCUUGGCUUACUUGCUGCCCUUCGAACUCAUUAUAACCGUUCUAACCGCCGCUUUGCCCUGGUACGCGAAAGUACAAAACAUGGGACACGAAAGUUUACGACAAAAAAUUGAAAUUAUCUACGAAUCCCUUAGGCGCGAGGAGUUUAAUUACUCAGUUUUGACGCAUGAAUUUUUGAACUGCGAUGAUUUUUUCAAAAUGUUACCCUACAUUGCCAAACAGUUUACCGCACUUCGGACAGAAUACAUCGUUGAAACAUUAUUAAGUGACUUUUAACAAAAUGUUUACAUUCCUAAAUUAAACUUUUGAAUAUGUAAAAGAAGGUCGAUUAAUAUCUAGUCAAUUUUAAAUAGGUACUGUUCUUCGUCGUUUGUACGUAUGUUUAAAAAAGGAUUAAGGAUUUAACGCAAUUCUAAUACUUCUAUAAAAACAGACGUUUGAAAUAUAAUAAUAAAAAUGUUAUAUUUCACUUUAUCACAAUGUACAAUGUACAUUUCUAUAAAAACGCCUUUUUAUUCACAUACAAAACUAAAAUAAACAGUUUUCUUUCGCUAGAGCUAAAACUUCUCAAAAUAAGAACAAACAGAAAACAAUUGUCCUUUAAAACUACAGAUAUGUAAAUACCUAGUGAAUAUUAUUAACGCAGAGUGCUUUGGAAUUUCGCGGAAUGUUAUGAAAACUCAAAAAACUUUUUUUAACCUUAGUCGGACAUCAGACAGCAACCUCGCAAAGUCUACCACAGUAUAAAGGAAAAAAUAAAAGUAAUUCGUACAUCAGAAUUCUCAAAACACUCUGCAAAUUUUCGAACACAAAUCAAUUACUAAAUAUCUGUGUAAUCACAGCCUAAAAUCGGCAAAUAUUAAGUACACUAUACAUGCUAUAUUCAAGUCUACUUUGAACUACAAAAUCUAAUAGCCUUUGCAUUGAAACAAAAUUAAUUUAUCAACAUCGGAAAUUAUUUCCAACAAUUUAUAAAAU